CCGGAGGAUCGGUAAAGGUUAAAAAUGUCAAGGAAUUUGUCUACGGGAAUCUCAAACACAACACACCAGUUUUGCUGUCUUUGUCCAGAUAUUUAAGAAGUGCAGCAAGGGAUUCACUCGAUCAUCCUUCCUGCUCAGACUGUGGGGAGGGAUUCACUCGAUUGUCCUUCCUGCUCAGACUGUAUGGAGGGAUUCACUCUGUCAUCUAACUGACUGGCACACGCAUCGUUUUACAUGGCCAUUCACCUGCUCAGACAGUGGGAAUGGAUUCACUCGGUCAUUUCAACUGAAGGUACUUCAGCAAGUUCACACUGGGCAGAGGCUGGUCAUCUGCUGAACUUGUGGGAAAGGAUUCACUCGGUCAUCUGACCUAAUGGCUCACCAGCGAGUUCACACCAGGGAGUGGCCGUUCACCUGCUCAGACUCUGGGAAGGGAUUCACUCGGUCAUCUGACGUAAUGGCUCACCAGCGAGUUCACACUGGGGAGAGGCCGUUCAUCUGCUCAGACUGUGGGAAGGGAUUCAUUUCGCCAUCUAAACUGAAGAUACAUCAGAGAGUUCACACUGGAGAGAGGCCAUUCACCUGCUCAGAUUGUGGGAAGGGAUUCACUCAGUCAUCCUACCUACUGGUACACCAGUCAGUUCACACUGGGGAAAGGGCGUUCACUUGCUCAGAGUGUGGGAAAGGAUUUACUCAAUCAUCCACCCUAAUGGCUCACCAGCGAGUUCAUAGUGGGGAGCGGCUGUUCACCUGCUCGGACUGUGGGAGGGGGUUCACUCGGUCAUAUAAACUGAAGGUACAUCAGCGAGUUCACACUGGAGAGAGGCCAUUCACCUGCUCGGACUGUGGGAAGGGAUUCACUCAGUCAUCUCUACUGAAGUUACAUCAGCGAGUUCACACUGGGGAGCGGCCGUUCUCCUGCUCAGACUGUGGGAAGGGAUUCACUUGCUCAUCUCAACUGAAGGUACAUCAGCGAGUUCAUACUGGGGAGAGGCCGUUCACCUGUUCAGUCUGUGGGAAGGGAUUCACUUUGUCACCUCACCUACUGAGACACCAGUUAGUUCAUACUGGGGAGUAGCCAUUC